UGCUCGCCCAGCGCCCGGAGGCCGUCGCUCCCGGGAGGCCGAGGCGAGACGACGCCGGGGCUCGGCGGGGCCGCGCAGGGGCGCGCGCGUCCGUCGGGUGCUCGCGCGGGCUGGUGCGGCGCCGCUCGGGACUGCGGGCGCGGGGAGCACGGCUGCAGCCUUCGCGAGGCCGGGAGGCGGCGAGCGGAGGGACGAGGCGAGCAUCGAGCAAACUGGACAAAGGCACUUGCGUGGGUUUUGAAAAAUGUCUGAAGUUUAGUGGGCUCCAUCCACCUUCUGCCUUCUGCCUUCUCCCCACCCUUUACAAAAGAAUAAAUGGGAUGUUCGAGAAGAGAGCUGUAUUAAAAGAAGAGUGUUGCAAAUGGCUUCAGAAUCUAUGAAUGCAAAACAAGCCAGGAAUCACUUCACAAAGGGGAAAAAGCAACAGCAGCAACAAGUGAAGAACAAAUCUUCAGUUAGUGAUGGUGCUGGAGAAGACUCCUUUAUCUUUGAAGCAAAUGAAGCUUGGAGAGAUUUUCACAGUUCACUUCUGCGGUUUUAUGAAAAUGGAGAACUCUGUGAUGUCACACUAAAGGUUGGCUCAAAGCUAAUCUCCUGUCACAAACUGGUGUUGGCAUGUGUUAUUCCCUACUUCAGAGCUAUGUUUCUCUCUGAAAUGGCUGAAGCCAAGCAAACACUCAUUGAAAUCAGAGAUUUUGAUGGUGACGCAAUAGAAGACUUGGUAAAGUUUGUCUAUUCUUCACGGCUCACUUUGACUGUGGACAACGUCCAGCCUCUCUUGUAUGCAGCCUGUAUUCUACAGGUUGAACUGGUGGCCAGAGCUUGUUGUGAAUAUAUGAAGUUACAUUUUCAUCCCUCCAAUUGCCUGGCAGUAAGAGCUUUUGCAGAAAGUCACAAUCGAAUAGACUUAAUGGACAUGGCGGAUCAGUAUGCCUGUGAGCAUUUUACUGAAGUAGUGGAGUGUGAAGACUUUGUAAGUGUGUCACCCCAGCAUCUCCAUAAGCUUCUGUCGUCUAGUGAUCUAAAUAUUGAGAAUGAAAAGCAGGUCUAUAGUGCAGCCAUCAAGUGGCUUCUUGCCAAUCCUCAGCAUCAUUCCAAAUGGUUGGAUGAAACACUUGCACAGGUUCGUUUGCCGCUCUUGCCAGUUGAUUUUCUUAUGGGUGUUGUGGCAAAAGAACAGAUUGUCAAGCAAAAUCUAAAAUGUAGAGACUUAUUGGAUGAAGCAAGAAAUUACCACCUUCACUUGAGCAGCAGAGUAGUACCUGACUUUGAAUACUCCAUUCGGACUACUCCAAGGAAGCAUACUGCUGGUGUGCUGUUUUGUGUCGGUGGUCGAGGUGGAUCUGGUGACCCGUUUCGCAGUAUUGAAUGCUAUUCCAUCAACAAAAACAGUUGGUUCUUUGGACCGGAAAUGAAUAGUCGCAGGCGACACGUGGGUGUAAUCUCUGUGGAAGGCAAAGUGUAUGCAGUGGGUGGACAUGAUGGGAGUGAACAUCUGGGCAGCAUGGAGAUGUUUGAUCCUCUCACCAAUAAGUGGAUGAUGAAGGCAUCAAUGAACACAAAGAGGCGAGGAAUUGCUUUGGCCUCCUUAGGAGGUCCAAUUUAUGCAAUUGGAGGGUUAGAUGACAAUACUUGCUUCAACGAUGUGGAGAGAUAUGACAUAGAAUCUGAUCAGUGGAGUACCGUGGCACCAAUGAAUACUCCCCGGGGAGGAGUUGGCUCUGUGGCUCUAGUAAACCAUGUUUACGCAGUAGGUGGCAAUGAUGGAGUAGCUUCUUUAUCUAGUGUGGAGAGGUAUGAUCCACAUCUGGAUAAGUGGAUAGAAGUUAAAGAAAUGGGUCAGCGAAGAGCAGGCAAUGGAGUUAGUGAGCUGCAUGGUUGCUUGUACGUUGUUGGUGGUUUUGAUGAUAAUUCUCCUCUGAGUUCAGUUGAGCGAUACGACCCUCGAAGCAACAAGUGGGAUUAUGUAGCAGCACUUACCACUCCCAGGGGUGGAGUGGGCAUCGCGACAGUGAUGGGCAAGAUCUUUGCAGUUGGCGGUCAUAAUGGCAAUGCCUACUUAAAUACAGUAGAAGCGUUUGAUCCAGUGCUGAAUAGGUGGGAGCUGGUUGGAUCCGUGUCUCACUGCAGAGCUGGAGCAGGUGUAGCUGUGUGUGCCUGUUUAACUAGCCAAAUUCGAGAUCUCAAUCCUCUUGUGAAAAGGAAAGAAUUUGAAGAUGAACAAGUCAAUUACAUGUGUUUUAACAGCAAUUAAUCCUCAUUACAGAGAAGAACAAACAAAAGAUCUGUGGCACAUUAUCUUUGGAAAGAUCUUUUGCAAAUUUUUCUUCUAAAAAGAGAAAACAAACUAUAAUUCUCACAGAUCACAUAUGUCUUUCAAAGGACUAUACAAGGCAGCUAAAUUUUAUUCACAAAGCCCCAAGUUGCAGUUCCAUCGCUGAAGUAGAUAAACCCAUGGAGUCCCCCUGACUUGUGUUGCUCAUCAUCCCAUCGAGAGCAUCACUUCUUUCCUAGCCUACAGACAAAGUCAUCGUGUGGACUAGACAGCUGGCACGUUAUUCCACAAGAAAGAAAACUCAUUGUUUUAGAGAUAGACCAGUGAUCUUCAUUUAUCAACUGGACGAUUUAUUCUUUUAAACAAUUUUAAUAAUACCAAGAUUUGACUUUCUUCUAAAGUUAUAAGAAAGCAAAAAAUAUAUAAUAUAAUAUAAUAUAUAAUGGUAAUAAAUAAAAAAAAGGCAACCCUGCUCAGGUAUCAUCCAAAACACGAUCACAUUCAGAAAAAGAAAAAAUUAAAACAAGAUUUGGGACACACGCGUAUAAACACACACACACACAAACACACACACACACCAUGAACAGUGUAUACUUGCUAUCUGAGGGGGGUGUGCAGUAAUUUUAACAAUACACGUUGAUGGCCUGAACAAAAGGCGAAGUUAAUACUGCCCAUGUUAAGCAUCGCUUAAACAUCUACUUGUAAGCAAAGCAAGUUUAUCUUCCUUCGGUCAGCCGCUGCCUGGUCUGACCAGUGCAGCUUGGCCAGCCUCGCUGUCAGUGGUCUUAUUCCCUUGUCCUUCCAGGCUGAUCGAGUAAUAUCUAGGCUCGCAGGGAGGUGUCAUAUUUCCUUCCUGUCCUCUUGGGUAGAGAAAUACAGGCACUUCUCUACCCAUCACAGUACCUGCCGACAUCUGACACACAGUGAAACAUAGUGUGACUUCCCCCAGGACAACAGGAAAUUUACAGCCACCUUAAGAAAGGUGGAAGAUGGUGCUUGUCAACUCAUCAUACGUACAAUUGCAGCCAGUAGUCACAAUUCAUUCUCAGUCACCGAGAAACCAACACAACUGGAUUGCAUAUUUGAGGUUCAUAUGGUGGAAAUACCACUUGCAACGUUUGAAGGAAAAUCCCUAACAUCAUCACUCCACCUCCCGCAAACAAAAUGACAACAGAUGAAAAAGGCACAGGAGAAACCUUACAGCCAUAAAUUGUAAAUAGGAUGAAAAGCAAAAGAGGGAACCCGCUAGAGAAAGAGAAAAAAGGAGCAAGUACCGCCAUAACCCUGACACCCUCCACAGCCACAGCCCAUAACUCACCUCCCAGUGAGCACAUCUCCACAUCUGUGUUUCUAAAAUAAGCCCAAAUCUUCUUGCAAGAUUUAAAGACUGUUCAUCAGUGGUAAAGCGUGUGAUGGAUAAAGUGGCAGAGUUUUUGAAAGAUUUUGUGUAGUGUCUGGGAAAAUAAAUCCUUAAGAAAAAAGUAGAGUCUGUGGUGGAAGGUAAGGAAUCAAGCCUCGUUUGAUUCAUUUACCUUCAGACACACCUCAACCCUCAGGGAGCAGGAGAGCAAAAGGUGCAAGACCCACACAACGUCUCUUAAAGCCAGAGCGUUAUGCAGAAUUAAGUUUGGUCAACACAGGCACAACAAAGACAUCCAAUUCAACCAGCCUCUUAUUCUCUGUGUGAGCGCGUGUACAUAUGCACAUACACGCAUCUCCUUUCAUACAUCAGAGGUAAGAGUUUUGUUCAUUUUGGAGGGCACAACGGUUUCUUUUUGCUCCUAAAAAUUAUUUAACAGGAAUCAUAAUAAAAUAGUUAAGCUCCUGAUCCUACUAACAUUAAUAUUUAAGGGACCAAUUAAGGCAAGUUUUCAGCCAGAAAUAUUUGUUAGCUUCUGAACAUCCUGAGAUCUGGAAUUAAAGGAUAUAGAACAACGGAGAUAAGUGUGAUCCAAUUUGUCUAGGGGAAACAGCUGAACGUUUUGGUCAGAACAGAUCUCUACGAUAAAGGUCCUCUUGUUCAAAAAAGUCAGGGGCUUUUCCCGUUCACGAUUGUGAUUAAAUCAUAAUAUCAGAUGAGUCACUCUCCUGCUGUAGCUCUUGUCCUCAUACUACGCUGGCUGCUCCCUCCUGCUCUCCCCACGGGGAGCGUGCGGCCACGUUUUUACUUCUUAACCCAGUGGAAUUUGGUAAAUUUCAGUAAAGUGUUUUUCAUUGUUUAGGAGGGCCCUCAGUCUGGCUAAAAUCUCAAGUUCAGUGAUUCACAUUUUAAUUAUAUCCAGAAAGGGCCGAAACAUUCAACAUUUUUAAAAGUAAAACAGUGUUCUUCCAUUUCCUAGUGAAGAGUGGACAGACAGACACACGCACACACGAAACUGUAGUGCCAAAGGCAAGAUUUUACACUCAAUUUUCACUCAAGAUAUUUUGUAUUUGUCUGUGAACUGUGUACUGGUACUGUUGUUAUAAGAACUUCAUAUAUUCAGAGGCUUAAUUUUAUAAUCUAGUCCUUUCAAUUAUCUCCCUCAGUACAAAUUUUGCCUCUGGGAAUUUAAGCAUGCAGUGAAAAGUGCACGCGCUUUACAAAUCCUGUAGAUUUCUACAUACAACUGUAACAGCAAAAAGACCUUAUGAACAGUAAGGAUUCAUCAGCCACUCCCUCUUACAGACCCUAUUUAAAAAGCAACCACUAGCAAUUCUUUUUUAGCGACAAUGCAUGUUGCAGUAAGAAUCACAAGUAUUCCAUGAUCAAAACAGUACAAACUGAUCUCUGCAAAUUCAUUAGUUUUUCAAGGGACAAAUACAUUUUUAAUAUAAAGGUCGGGAAAACACACACACACAAAGAAUAAGGCCACUGAAAAAGCAAUCACUUCUUUUGAAAUUGGCUGAGAAACUGACUUGGAAAUGUCUUCAGUCAAGGGAGCACUGCGGCUCGCUGAUAGGACACACGCAUGCAUGUGUGCACACACACUCUGGCACAAUCUGCACAGAUCAGAACCUGUCCUAAAGAACACAUCCCUCCAAAUUGGCAGGUGGCUUGUACAGAGGGGGAGCAGGGGAGGGCAGGCAUAGCCAAGGGAAGGAGGGGCGGGGCGGUGGGGGGAGAUGUUAAACCAUCACAUAAUCCUGAUGUCUGGUGUCUUGUCUCCCACAUAUAAGAGAUAGGCAACACAAUGCCACAAGCACACAACCUACCGGGCAAUUACUGUUCAUUUAACAAUAGGCUGCUUUUUAAACGAGUAGUUUAAAAAGGACCAUGGCUUUGCUUUAGAAUAUCAAAUGAAAUCAGUCCAUCAAGAUCACACAUCAAGUUCUUAUGCUCAGAAACUACUACUGUUCUAAUUCUCUAGCUUUAACCUAAACGUGAGGUAAGAGACCUCUGCCCCAGCUAGCGUUGAUCAAAGACCAGGCUGGAAAAGACAGCGAAGGAACAGCUUCACACAAACAAUUUAGGCUAUGAGCAUCCAUUCCAUCCUCUACACAUCCCUUUAUAUAUUCACCAAUUACCAGGCAAGUUCUUACAUUCAUCAUAUGGACUUUUGACCUCUUCAUUAUCAAAAAGAUGGCACUCCCUUCUUCACUAAUAAAUAAAUACGAAAAUGUCAAACAUGCUCGCUAGGACACAAGAUGUAGAGGGGCAGGAUGGGGUGAAGGGAGAAAAAUAAGCCAGUUGUAGAGAGAACACUCACUCCUCAAUUUUAAUACAUGUGCAAAUUCUACUUCUAAAAGGGAUAAAAAGAGUUGGCUUUUAAAAACACUGCACUCAAAAUAAUGCUUCCAAUAAUAACCUUCAAAGUUUCAAUGAAAAAGGAAGUCUGUGCUUACGGACUUGUGGGAAUUCUGAUUGUGUUCUUUCAUUUUAGGUCAUUCAAAAUGAACUUGGUUUAAUGUACAUAAUAUGGCAAUAACAGCUUGUGGGAAGGCCACAGUUCCUCCUCAAUCUAAUCAAAUCUGAUUGAGAACACUCUGGAGUGAAGGCAUGUGGUGACUUUUUUUUUUUUUUCAGUCUAAUUAACCCCCAUACUCUCCACACCCUCUCAGGGAGUCCAUUUCCCCUAGACAAUCAUGGGUUCUGAAAGUCUACUUUUGCUAUAAAUAUAAAAUAAUUUGUAGCAGAAAAAUAUAGCCUCUCUAAGAAGUAGAUUUCAUUUUCUUUGUUCACUGACAAAACUCUGAGUUGGUUAGACAACAUGAGUUACCACAUAGCUGUAGACCACAGAUCAGCACCUCAAAUUCCAGCUCUACUUAAACAAAAAUUAAAAAGCACUUUAGCCAUCUGGUCAUGUAUAAAUGUUGGUUCCCUCUUCCCCAAGGUAGAAAAUUCCGAAUAUAGAGUCAAUGGUGACUGCCUUUCACUGAUGCAGGGUUGGAAAUGGCAGCGCCACGUCCUCCGUAGUACAUGGAGAUUUCGAGAUGGCGUCCCCGUGUGCUGGAGCUCCUCUCUCCACUGCUCUGACUUGAGCUGACUUUCCACAGUAACAGGGAAAUCAGAGCUGGGGUGAACGUGCGUACUCCAGGCAAUGGGGGGUUGCCUUCAAUUUUAUAAAUUAUGACAAUACUUGGUAUUAUCAAAGCCACUGUUCAUUGGCAGAAAGUGGGGUACAGUGGAGUCCUUUACAACUUAUGUUUUACAGAUAACCUUUAAAUUUAUUAAACAAAUAUUUUCCCCAAACUUAAAAGAA